CCUGACGCUCUCCCGCUGGGAGGGCCCGGAGCGCCGCCGCGCCUCCCGAAGCUCCGGCUACCGUCGCUGCGUGCAGAGCUCGGCGGCCCGCGGGGCCGGGCCCAGCAACCAUGGCCCAUUCCAAGGCUGAGCAGGACGACUGGCUGAUCGUCUACCUGAAGUAUUUACUCUUCGUCUUUAACUUCUUCUUCUGGGUGGGCGGGGCCGCCGUCAUGGCCGUGGGCGUCUGGACCCUGGUGGAGAAGAGCGGCUACCUCAGCGUCCUGGCCUCCAGCACCUUCGCCGCGUCCGCCUACAUCCUCAUCUUUGCAGGGGCCCUUGUCAUGGUGACGGGCUUCCUGGGCUUCGGUGCCAUCAUCCGGGAGGACAGGAGCUGCCUCUCCACGUAUUUCUGCCUGUUGCUGGUGAUCUUCCUGGUUGAGCUGGUGGCAGGGGUCCUGGCCCACAUGUACUACCGGAGGCUCAGUGACGAACUAAAGCAGCACCUGAGCCGGACUCUGGCUGAGAACUACAGGCAGCCCGGAGCCUCCGACCUCACAACGUCAGUGGACCGUCUCCAGCAGGAUUUCAAGUGCUGUGGGAGUAACAGCUCCGCUGACUGGCAGCACAGCGCCUAUAUCCGGUCUCGGGAGGCCGAGGGCCGCCGGGUGCCCGACAGCUGCUGCAAGACGGUGGUGGCGCGCUGUGGCCAACGGGCCCACCCCUCCAACAUCUACAAGGUGGAGGGAGGCUGCAUCACCAAGCUGGAGCAGUUCCUGGCUGACCACCUGCUGCUCAUGGGGGCGGUGGGCAUCGGGGUGGCCUGUCUGCAGAUCUGCGGGAUGGUUCUCACUUGCUGCUUGCACCGGAGGCUCCAGCUGCAUUUUUACUAAUGGCCAACUGCGUCCCCCUCCGAAGACAGGUGCCCAGAUCCCAUCUUCCAGGCCUGCAGAGUCAGCCCCAGCUUGCCUAGAAACUCCCAGAAACUGCCCCUACUCUGUGCCCAGCCCCUUCAGGCCCACCAAGUGCCCAAGACCCUGACUCCUGUGGUUCCCACCCAGGCGGGGGGCCCUCAGCCCCCUCCCCCCACUUCCAAGUGCUCACUGCCAGGAUCCCCAAGCAGGGGACCCACCCACCAGCACCCCUCACCAGCAGUGGGGGGCCCGUGGACUGCAGGAGGGUGAGAAUCAGACCCUCUGCUCCCUCCCAACUCCGGAAACUAAAAUGAAGGUCUGAAGACUCCAGCCCCUCUGGGACUCCUCCUUGCAUUGGGCCCGUGAG